AUGACCUCUGGACCUGAUUCCAUACUGGCAGUUUCAUCUACUUUUGGUUCAGAUUCAAAAAUCAAAAAUCUUAAAGAGAAUAUUAAUAAUAAUAAUAAUAUCAAUAAUUCUUCAUCUCCAAAUAGUCCAAAUAGUGAAAAAUCAAGUAUUGUUUGGAAAGAUCUUGGUCAAUAUCUUGAAAAUUUGAAUGAAAUACCAAAAGAAGAAUCUUUUUUGAAAAAUAAUUUAAAUUUAAAAAAUCCAUUAAAUCAAAUUGUAAAUUAUAGAGUUUGUAAUUUGUGUGAUAGACCUAUAUUAAUUGAUCAUUUAACAAAACAUAUUAAAACUUGUUUAGAAAUGAAACAGAGGAAAGAAGAUCAACAAAAACAAUCAGUUUCCAAACCAUCAAAUACAAAUGGUAAUGCUGAAUCAAGUAGUACCAAUAAUAAUACAACAACUACAAAUACCAAAAGUAAUAAUAAAAAGAGAAAAUUAACUGCAGAUUCAAAUCAAUCUAAUGAUACUGAAUCACCAGCUCCAAAACCUAAGAAAAAUAAAAAGGAAAAAGAUCCAAAUACUACAACUAAACCAAAGAAAAAAUCAAAUGCAAGACAAAAAGGUCCUGUUGAUGUUGAAAAACAAUGUGGUGUUGCAUUACCAACUGGUGGAUUCUGUGCAAGAUCAUUAACUUGUAAAACUCAUUCAAUGGGUGCCAAGAGAGCUGUUCCUGGUAGGUCAGCUUCUUAUGAUACUUUAUUAGCUGCUUAUCAACAUAAAAAUCAAGUUAAAAUUGCAGGUCAAGCUGCAAAAGCUCAAGCUGAAAAAGAUGAAUUAAUUCAUGGUGGUCCAACUGCAUUAGAUUCUGAUGAAGAAACUCAACAAGUUCUGAGUGGUGUUUCAAAAAGUUUCCCAUUACCUUUAGAACGUAAAAAUUUAGUUACAACAAGAGUUCGUUCAAAUUUUUUAAAAAUGAGAGAAAUGUUUGCAGGUGCUAUAUUACCAAGAAUAACAAAUAGUAAUGGUGUUGGUGGUAUAAAUGGUCGUACUGCUUUGUUGGAUGUUGAUCGUGCAAAUGAUCAUCUGUUCUUGGUUAGAGCUCCACAAAGAAUCAUGCUUAAUAAGAAUAAUAUUCAACAACAACAACAACAACAAGCACAACAACAACAACAGCAGCAACAACAACAACAGCAAGCACAAGCACAACAAGCACAGCAAGCACAAGUACAAGCUCAACAACAAGCACAAGCGCAGGCCGCACAACAGAAUAGAUCUCAACAAUCUCCAUUAUCAUCUAACAAUCAACAAUCACCUUUACAACAACAACAACAAAUUCAACAACAUAAUCAACAACAAACUGCACAGCAGAUCCAACAACAACAAGCUGCACAAGCUCAUGCUGCUGCUUUAGCAAGAUCUCAACAGAUUAAUCAAAUGGUUACAAAUCCUGCACAUUAUCAAGCUGCAUUAGCAAGAGCUCAACAAUUGAAUGCACAAAGAAAAUCUAUUAAUCAAGAGAAUGGAUUUAAUGUUUAG